AUGAAAUAAACUCAGUAGAAUAGAAUGCUUUACAAAUUACUUUAAUCAAAGUCAUUGCGUAGUAUGUUUUCUCCUGGAAAAGAAUCAAUUAUAACAGAUCCAAAUAGAGUUAAGGAAAAAUGUUUGAAACACAACUUAAAAGUAUUUAUAUUAAUAGAAUAGGCAAGAUUUAGUUUUAAUAAUUAGUAAUUAUGUGAAAUAUGUGCUAUUUAGUGUGCAUAUGAUCAUCAACAAUUACAGCAUAUAAAAAGUGGAAUGAUUUUAUAACCAUUUUAAGAAUUGAAGAAUGGAGUGUCUAAUAAUGAAAUUCCAAUAUUAAGUGAAAAAGUCAAGGAUUUAAAGAAUUGUAAAUAAAAAUAAAGUAUCCUAAUGUAAUUCACUAAUUAAUUGGAAACUGUUUAGAAUAAAGUUAAAUCUUUAUGUGAGUAAGUUAACAUAAUUAACACUUAUGGAAUUUAAAGAUAUCAAGAAUAAUAAAUCAAAUCAAUUUGUAGAAAAUUAGAGUAUACAUUAUUAGAAGUCAUACGGAAUAGACAAUCAAUAUCAAAUUAUAAUUAUGAUUAAUUAUAAAUAAGAUUAAAUAAUUAUUAGGAUGAUAUAUAAUUAAUGAAGAAAGAUAUUGAAGAUAAUCUAGAGAGUAUAAUAAAUAAAAUGGAGAUGAUACCUUUAAGUGAAAUAAUACAUAAAUAUCAAAUGAAAUUAGACUUUUAUGAAAGGGAAUGCAAUUAGAAAAAACAUUUAUUUUAAUAAAUAUUGAAUAUGUUUUAUAUAGAAUUAUAGAGAUUGAGUAAAUAAUGA